AUGGCUCCGAAAUCAUCAGCUGGUAAAGAAAAGCUGGUGAACGAGGAGGACGAGGUUCUACAGGCCGUCCUGCUCGCCGACUCGUUUGACUCGCGCUUCAAGCCUCUCACUACUGGAAAACCGAGGUGUUUGCUACCGAUCUGUAAUGCGCCACUAUUGGACUGGACGCUUGAGAGUCUUGCGCUUGCGGGUGUACAGGAAGUAUUCGUGAUCUGCCGCUCGCACGCCGAUCAGGUCAAAGAAGCGUUACAAAAGAGCAAAUGGAAUGCGCCAGGCUCGGGCUUGAAGAUCGUACCGAUCUUAACCGCGAAGGAGACGUUCUCACCCGGCGACGCUCUGCGCGAUGUAUACACCCACGGCGUGGUUACGGGAGACUUUGUGCUGGUAUACGGCGAUCUUGUUAGCUCCAUACGCAUCGAAGAGGCUGUAGCCGCGCAUCGGGAGCGCAGGAAGGUCAACAAGGAUGUGAUCAUGACUAUGGUAGUCAAAGAGAGCGGCGCGAAGCAUCGCACAAAAUCGCAAGGAGACUCUGGCGUAUACGUAAUUGACCCUACCACGGACGAAUGCCUGCACUACGAAGCCGUCACCGGCUACCCACCCGCCAAACGCGCCCGCAUCCCGCGCGAGAUCCUCGCUGACCACCCAGACGUCGAAGUCCGGUACGACCUCCUCGACUGCGCCAUCGACGUCUGCUCCGUCGAAGUGCCCUCGCUCUUCCAAGACAACUUCGACUACGCAGACGUGAGGCGCGACUUUGUACACGGCGUUCUGACGAGCGACCUGUUGAUGAAGAAUAUACAUGUGCAUGUGGCGCGAGAAGGGUACGCGGCGAGGGUCAAGGAUACGAGGAGUUACGAUGCUAUCAGUAAGGAUAUACUGAGCAGGUGGACCUUCCCGCUUGUGCCGGAUGAUUAUCAUCCGGCUGGGCAGGCGUAUGAGUUGUUGAGAGGGAAUAAGUACCAUCCGAAGGACGGCUCGAUCACGCUUUCUCGGACGUGCAAGAUUGGGAAUAACACGCUCAUCGGACCUUCAUGUCGUCUGGAAGACGACGCUCAGCUCAUCGCUUCGACACUCGGUACAGGAUGCACUAUCGGUCCUCACGCGGUUGUACGCAACUCUUACUUGCUAGACGGCGUGACCGUCGGUCGUGGUGCCGUGGUCGAGCACGCGAUUAUCGGCGCGAACGUGAAGAUCGGAGAGGAUGUACGCGUCGGGCGCGGUGCUCUCAUCGGUGACGGCGUCGUGCUGGCUGCUGGGUCGAGGUUGAUGCCCUUCGAGCGUGUAUCCCGCUUCAGAGAGGGGGAUGAGGCCGAGGACUCUGAUUCUGAGUACGAUGAAGCAGAGACCCAUCAGGAGCAUCUGGCAGCCGCUUUGGGCAAAGGCUCGAACGCAUUCAUCUGGCCAAGAAAAGCAGCGACCUUCGAAGACGAAGAUCCAGACGAUGCGCCCGUGGACAGCUUCAACAACCUACGCCUCAUGCGGAUCGGCGACGACCAUAAAGACCUCGAACUGUCCGACGCAGGCUCUAUUACGUCCUCCGAAGACUCCGAAUCCGACGAAGAGUCGGACGUUCUCCUCCCGCGUGCAUCAGCGUCUUCGUCCGCCACAUCAUUGCAGACUGCCAACCUUGCCUCUGCAGCUGUAUCGGCUGGUGCACAAGCAGCGGAGGAUGAGUUCAGGCAUGAGGUCGAGCAGAGUCUCGCGCGUGCCUUCGCCGAAGGACACAGUCUUGACAACGCGUCGGUCGAACUCAAGACAUUACGCAUGGCGAGCAACGUGCCGCUGCGCAAGGUGCGCGAGGCAGUUGUGGCCGCGAUCGUCGAGCGCAUCCCUCUUGGCGGUGGUGCGGUAGAGCAAAGAAAAGGUAUAACGACCGUUGUCGAGCGAUGGGGUCCACUCAUCAAUCUAAUUGGCGGCAUCGACGGCGUUGAAACAACCACGAUUCUGCAGGAACACUGUGCGCAAUCGGAUCGGUUCCCGCUUUUUGGACAGAUACUGGUAGCGCUGUACCAGAACGAUGUGGUUGAGGAGGACGACAUCCGUGCAUGGCAUGCGCAGCCGCAAGCUAAGGGGAUCAAUCUGCCGGAUGGGGAGACGAAGGAACGCACACAAAAGUGCUGGCUCGUCGGCGCUCAGAUGAUACACCAGUUUGACGAGCAGGAGAGCAGCGAGGAGGGUUCGGGUUCGGACGAGGAGAGCGACUAG